AUGGAUUGCCCUGCACAAAUUGCCGUAUGGAUGGCCGGGAUGACUGCGCACUUCGUUCCAAAAACUCCAAUGGUCUGUUUCGAUGGAACCUUGUACAUACUGAAUAUUGCAAAUAGAUUAAAAGCUGCUGCGACCGACGACGCCACUAACCCACUAGAUACACCAGACGCAUCUAGCACAGCUUUAGAUGAAAUUACACAAAAUGAAAAUCAACCAAGACCUGACCAACUGGGUAUUCCGGCAUCUCUGGAAAAUAUUUCAGGUGAUAUUCAUACGAUAGAUACAAUUCACAACUCACAUGACCCGAGCAGCGAUAUCUUCGAUAAUGCUCCUGCAGAUGGUAACAUAAUAUACUCGUCUUACGGGUUCCUGGAUGUCAACCGUCUUUCAUCUCUUCCGAAGGAUGAUGUUGACUACCUCGUUUUAAAGCGGUGUCUACAUGUCCCGCUCAAAGAUUCCCUCGACGAUUUUGUGAAGCAGUAUUUCACCGUAGUACACCCAUUUGUUCCAAUGAUCGACGAGGCCGAGUUCUGGCGUCUGUAUUUGGGCCAUGGAAACGUGAAAAAGCUGUCCUUAUUCGUCUUUCAGGCUAUGUUAUUUUCUUGCUGCGCGACUUUGUUUGAUCUUAAUGCAGAAGAUUCUAGCCUAGCUAAGGCACAGGGGGCUGUUCUGCUUUCUCACCACAGCUCUGCUGAAGACCCACAAGCAGCAAGCAUCUGGCUGGCUGUUGGAAUUCGAAUUGCGAUGACAUUGGACUCUCAUCCAAUGUUACCAGGUGACGAAAUCGAUAAAUCAAUGACCAAGCGGCUGUGGUGGUCAAUCAUUCUUCGUGACCGUAGCUUGUGUCUGGGGUUGCGGCGACAUCCUCAAGUAACAGCCGUCAAUUUCAUGGCAGAUUCGAAUCGCCUUGUAGAGAAAGAGUUUGAGGACGAAAUUAGAAACUCACACGUUUUUUCUGAAGACGUCAAACGUCAACUAUUUGCGGCUCUUCAGGAACAGUGCCAGCUGGCUGUGCUUUUGAAUGAUGGAUUGUCCAUUAUUUUCCCUCCGCCCGGCCCCUUGCCUCAAACCUAUUCAUCCACGAAUAUGAAUGGAUCAAUGUCUGUCCUCCAAGCGGUAAAGCAUCGACUGAUCCAAUGGAGUCAACAAUCAACGUUUUUUCACCCCGAAUCAACCUCCGCACUUCAUGAAUCGGUCAUACUGUUAACUCAGGUUACGUCUAUGUACUACUUCACGGCUCAAAUAUCAAUUGCUCACCACGAGGCUCUACUCGCCGAGAAUGAAGAUUGGGAUAUCAAGAUAAACUACACUACUCGGAUACAGGAAAUUGCACGAGAUUUACGUAGGGCCAUCGAUGGCCUUAUUUUGGUUAUCGAUUAUUUCAACGCGCGAAGAGGGGGCGGACUGUUACCACUGAGCGUACUGGCUUAUGUAGGAAUGCCCCUCAUACUUUCUGCAAUCGACCUAAAACUAUCCCCUUCAUAUUCGCAAAUGCUUGUGAGGAGAAAUCGCCUUAAUAAGUUUGCGGAGAUUAUUCGGCAGUCUCGAUCACUUUACGAGGUGACUGACCUCGUCGCAGCGGGUACCAACCAGAUUCUCCAGUUGGCGUACGCCAUUAUAAAGGAGCUUUUUCUUCGAAGAAAAGGGAAAUCCAUAUUGCGACGUUCAUCCUUCAAGCCGCGAGCUACCACUUGGAAUGAAGCAUAUUUGCGAUAUCCUCGUGCGUAUCUUUACAUUUCCAAAUCUGUCGAAUACGGCCUUUCACUUGGCAGACUUCCAAACGAAACUGCUCUUCCUGAACAAGUUCGUCACGUACCUUCAAUCGUCUUAGGGACUAGAGUUCCUUGGACACUCGUCUCUUCUCCCACAAAUUCCGCUCUUAUUGGACACUCACAAAAUGACAUCCUAGGCCUUGAGACGAACGAAAUGGACCUCGUGUUUGGCCUACAUCCUAUAACGGAUGACGAAUAUAGUCACCUCAAUGGCAAUGACGACACCAAUGCGCCGUGUAAGGAUGAGAGUCAUAACCCUCAGAACGAGCUGGGUAUAUUGGAAACCAAUGAAAAAGAUCUAAGAUCAGAAGAUGAUAAUUGUGCCAUUUCACGUUCACUUUUAAAAUCUCCUGCAAAGAAGAAACGGCACACUGCUUCUCUCCAGGUCAACCUCGAUUAUUUUGACGCUGACCCUCGCGUACAAGGUAAUCAUAAUGAUCCCACAACGUUUUUCAAGACUAGAAAAACUCAUGCGAAAAUAGCUUCUCCUGGUAAAGGCGAAGCGCAGUUUAUAUCCGCAACUGAAGGAAUCACUGAACUGGGCCGUGAUUCACCUUCAAUCCCAUCACCACCGUCAGUCAGUAGUGACAGCGACGGAACGUCUUUUCAUACAUUCCUUCAAUUGCUGAGAGAUGAAAUGAGCUAUAAAAGCUCUGACGGCAUAUUAUAA